CUCGCUCGCGCGCUCGUCAGUGGUUCGCCGCGCGCUUCUGUGGAUGCAACACUGUCCAGACACGUCAAACAAACCCAAACAAUGACAUGAUCUGCAACAACACGACAGAGACACUCCAUUAUCUGACUCACUGAACCGAUCGCGCGCCUCCGUCUGCUCGCCGUUUGCCGCCUCAGUCCAGCUCUGUGCCCAGAGGCUAGUGAGGGACCAUGAUGCUCAGCAGCUCAGUGGAUGUACCCAGCCCAGGCGGGAUGAGCGCGGUGGCAGCCCGCAAUGUAAUUCGCAGUUCCAGCAUCAGCGGCGCCAUGUACAGCCUGGAGAAGAGCCCCAGCAGCACGGGGCCCGACGCCACAGGCCUGGCCGGAAACAAGAAGCGUCGCUCCAGCCUGGGAGCCAAGAUGGUGGCCAUCGUGGGUCUGUCACAGUGGAGCAAGAGCACACUGCAGCUCAACCAGCAAGACGGUGGAACAAAGAAGCUGCGCAGCACCAUCCGGCGGAGCACAGAGACAGGCAUCGCGGUGGAGAUGAGGAACCGGGUCACACGACAGGGCAGUAAGGACUCAACAGAUGGCAGCACCAACAGCAACAGCUCUGAUGGGACCUUCAUCUUCCCCCCCACUCGCCUCGGCCCUGAGAGCCAGUUCAGUGACUUCCUGGACGGUCUCGGUCCCGCUCAGAUAGUGGGGCGGCAGACAUUAGCCACACCGCCGAUGGGUGAUGUUUACAUCGGUGUGGUGGAUAGAGGGGGUCAGUUAGAGGUCGAGAUCACACAGGCCCGAGGUCUGACCCCUAAACCAGGCUCAAAGAACAUUCCAGCAACAUAUGUAAAGGUUUAUGUCCUGGAGAAUGGAAUGUGUCUCGCUAAGAAGAAAACCAAAGUGGUGAAGAAAACCCUGGAUCCAACCUUCCAGCAGUCCCUGAUGUUUGACGAGAGCCCGCAGGGGAAAGUGCUGCAGGUGAUCGUGUGGGGCGAUUACGGCCGCAUGGACAGCAAGUGUUUCAUGGGAAUGGCUCAGAUCCUCCUGGAUGAUCUAGACCUGACAUCGAUGGUGGGCGGCUGGUACAAGCUCUUCCCCACCUCCUCUCUGGCAGACCCCAGCAUCGGCCCCCUGACACGCCGACUCUCCCAGUCCUCGCUCGAGAGCGCCACCAGCCCCUCGUGCACCUAGAAACAUCCACAUCCCCUUCUAAAUAUGCCUGUCUUCUCUAUCUCUACGUGUGUAUCUUCGUUCAAUAUACCCCGUCACUGACCCCAAACACAUGAACACACACCCUGAUAGAUAGAGCCAACUCGCCCCGGGGCUGGAACGCUCCUCUUUACCGAUACAGAUAUUAAGAGUUGGAUAGAAAUCAGGCAUGACACAUAACACACACACACACAAACAGAUCCUCGCAGAUGGAUAUGGGUGUAACCAGCAACGUGCCGUCAUAGGGUUGUGAAAAAUCAGUCACGGCUAGUUACAUACAGAUCCACUGUCUGCAGGUCAACCGAUAGGGGCAUUUAAUAAACCCGCCGAGAAAUAUUCCUGACAAUGUAGCAUUCGUGUUGACGUCACGUCACACAGGAAGCAGAGUGGGUUUUCCAAGACUAGUAGUUUCCAGACAUUUCUCUAUGCCAAACCCGAUCAAAAGUUGUAUUUUUUAAAAACCAAAGCAAUUCUUAUUAUCUGUAGUGUUAUAUUAUAGAGUAUGGAUAUGUAGCAGAGUCAGUGACUUAGAUGAAAUGCAAAAAACAAACACGUGUUAGAAAAACUCGUAAGGUGCGGUCAUGUUAGCGAAAUUUUGCCGGCAAAGGAAUCCUGUUUUCAGUUGUCGACAGUGUAGUGUCUUAUUAAGUCACUGUCAUACCAAGAAACUUUUGGCAUGGCAAUUUUGUGACCAACACAAAGAUGAACGAAACAUGCAUUGUGACUUUUUCGCCCUUGCGCGAAAUGUAUUGCUUUAGAAAUGACUGUAAUUCGCCUGUAAAAUUUCAGUAAAUGUGAUCGUACCUCUAGACUACAUUCAUAAUUAAACUUAUAAAGGGCAGGGCUUUACUCCACAUGUUAGGUUAUUUAUUAGAAAUGCACACAAUUCCUGUCGCAUUAAAGUAGCGUAUUCUUUGUUUUCCUUUUAGGAGAGCUGAAUAAAUAAAUAGAUAGAUCGAUGUUUAUGUAUUUAUCGACUGCAUUCUGCACGUUAACUCGCAACCCUUGUUGAGCAAAAUAUGUAAAGUGCUAUUUUAAGCUUGCCUUUAAAAUUACGUAGACUUAUAGAUGGUAGGUUAUUUAUUUUGCUAAUGUUUCAAUCGCACUUUUUGUCUGAACCGAGUUGCAGACGUAAUCGAGGGAAUUGAGCCCUCUGGAGGAGAACCAACUGUCCUGUUAAACCAGCAACCCUCACACACAGCUGCAUUGUGGGAUAUGCCGAACGGUGUCCGCUGGAAAACAAGAAAACUUUUCUUGUAGCAAGUAGCGAAGCUUUCUGGGAAGUUGAAGCCGCAUUAGACUUUACCGCCUCAAGUAGUUUUGGGUUUCUUUCUACCAGCAUUUGGAACUGUUAAAGGCCUUUUCCCGUUUCCUGUUACUCUCAGGAGGUCACGCUGAACUACAAAACACACACACGCAACAAGAUGAGGACUGGUGAUGGGGUCGCUCUCUCAACAGGAUCUUGAAGCCCAAAUCAAAUGGUAUUCUAUAAAUUCCUGGACACUUUUUUUUUUUUGGUCUUUCUAACCAUUGUGACUAUUCCUGUCCAAUCAGCAGUCUUCUUUAGCUUCGUCUCUGAAGCUGAGUGGCUCUAGACGGUUUCUUCAGUGGAUCUUCGGGGUUAUGGAGACUUGUGGAAGGAAAGCAACACUGUAGGUAAAAAACGAAGUAUUCAUCUCACUCUUGUCAGCCUCCUAGAUUAGAUUUCAUAGCUUCUCUGAACCUAUCAGAGCCGGAGAAGGUUUCAUUCAUAUCAUAUAAUCUAUGUACCAGUUUAUUCAUGUCAAAUCAGUCACAUCUUCUGCAGAGGUGAUGCCAUUUGUGACACUAUCAGUAAGAGCCAGAACAUUAUUCAUUUCGAAAUUCCCUUAUGGAUCAUUUGCCAAAUCAUUAAAGACGUUUGUAUAAUUUAGUCUCUAAAUUAAACUCUCUUGAUGGAAGCGCACAAACACUAUUUGAUUCUCUGUUUUGCAUCACAAUGUUGUAGAUAGAUCUGCUUUUAAAGGCGGAUUAUGAGACCAUCAGCAAACCAUUUAAUCUGAUUUAUCAUUUUGAAUGCAUCAGUGUUUGAAGUAUUUUUGUACUGUUUUGUACAUGUUUUUUUUCUAUCUGCCAAUGUCACAGCUACACUGGUCAAGAUGUACAGCACAAUAUGACACCAUUUAUCUGGAUGUUCAUAAGAAAGUGUGCCUCACAUUCCAUACUUUCAAAAUCUCUUGUUUUUAUUAUCCUAGGCCAUAUCAUAAGUGCACUUUACAGUACAUGAACACAUUUCAAAGCAUUGGGUAAGAUGUAGAUACUAUAAAAUGAAUGGUGGGUUCAUAUAGAGAUUUCUCUUUAAAUCCUGAGAAACAUUUAGUCAUUACUUAUCCCUUUAUUUAUCUUUUCUCUGUUCAUAAGACAAAGAAUCUUUAAGGACAAUUUCAAGUUUUAUUUUUACGUGAUUACAAAAUCAGCUGAAUCAGAAGACACGUUGUGCACACUUAAUAUAUUUGCAUUUUAAUUGUUUCUGUAAGGUCAAACGUAUAAGUUGGACUAAAUAAUGGGACUUUACACUUUCUUAAUUUCACACGAAAUUGGCAAAAUCUGUAUUUUACCCAUGCCAGAUUUAACAUAUUUUAAACAUUUUACUUUUCAGCCCAUCGGUUGUUCAAGCUCGGAGGUUUUGCCUUUAAACAUGCAAAAAGAGUUUCUGCUAUCUUUCACACACGUCUUGCUUCUUUUGUAUUUGCACAAGUCUGAUUGUGUUGCACCUUUGUCUUUUUCACUAACAGACAAAUGUCUGAACAUUAAAUUAGGAACAAAAAAUGACUCCUUAAUUCUAAUUCAAGAUGAAAUUGUAUUACUGUACUGAAAACAAAUUGUAUUUGCAACUGAAUGUUUGUCCUUGGUAAACACACAUGAAAUGACUAUUAGAUAUUGGUAUAUUUUCUAUGUGACUUGGGAAUUUGGGAUAAUAUACGUAUCCCCUUUACUGUACAGUGAAGUAGUUAUAAAAUCUUACUGGUCUUGCAUUUUUGCAAAGAGUCUGAAUGCAUGAAAAUUUGUACUGUAUUGCUCUAUUUUUUUUAGGUGUAGUGGAUGGAUGUAGAUUGUUGCAGUCCAUAGCUAAACCAAAUGCAACAUUGACAAAAAAAAUAAAUAAAAAAAUCUAGAUUUGCCGCUUCCAGAUUUCUGUGGUUCUGAUAUUUCAACAUGGAAUGAGAAUGAUCUGAUCUGUUUUGCUCUGACAUGAAACCUUUGAGUAUGAUGUUGUAACUUUCAGAAAAAGUGGCUGGCAUCUGGCUUGUUUAAAUGCUUGAACUACUUCAUGCUUUUAUAUGCGAGACCCCUUCAUGCUUUUCAAUUCAUACAUGGUGAAGUCUGAAGAGUCGUUCUUGGCAGUUUUAUGGCAUGUGCAGUUUCGGUGUGAGUGUAAGUGACACCAGCCUGACUGGGGAAUGAUCUUAAUACACUGGAUACAGAUAUCAAUAUCAAUGUGAUGUUAUGAUGUAAGUGUGGGCCAACAAUCAUAGCGGAAACAGUUGGUUGUGGUGGUCAACCUGGUAUUCAUCCUUACUUUUUUAUUUGCAUUUAGAAAGGCACAGUAGAUUGUAAAACUGAGAAUGAGGUGUAAAUUUAAACCUUUUAUUUUAUGAGAUUUCGCUUUGUUGGGUAUUGUAUGAUGUAUAUAAAUUAUGUAAAUGUCGACAGAUUGGUUUAAUUUCAAAUAGGAAUGUAAUCCCUUUACAUCUUUCUGGGCCAGUUAAAGGAAUAGUUCACCAAAAAUUAACAUUUACUCCCCCUCCAGCCCUAAAAAGUUGUAGAUUACUUUUGUUUUUUGGAGAUAUUUAGCUCACCAAUGGAUCCUCUGCAUUGAAUGGGUGCAGUCAGAAUGAAAGUCCAAACAGCUGAUAAAAACAUCAAAAUAAUCCACACCACUCCAGUCCAUUUGCAUAUUUUUCUCCUGAUUCAGACAGGACAAAGAGGGCUCAUAUUUUAGUAAUGGUCUGAAGUUAAAAUGUAAAAUUUGUUUCCUACAAACAUGCAACUUUCAGCUUCACAAGAUGCUAAAUGAUGGAUUGGAGUGAUGUGGAUUAUUGUGAUGUUUUUAUCAGCUGUUCGAAAUCUGACAGCACCCAUUCACUGCAAGAGGAUCCACUGGUGAGCAAGUGAUGUAACGUUAAAUUAAUCCAAAACAGUACCCAUAAAGAAACAAACUCAUCUACAUCUUGCAUGGCCUAAGGCUGAGAAAAUUGUAAUUUUUGGGUGAACUAUUCUUUUAAACCCUUGUGAAGUCUUUUUAUGAACCCUUAAUACCGUUUUUGUUACAUUUGUGAACAAAUAUAAAGACUAAUAAGGAUAUAUUGAGCUUUUACCUUAUUUUUGUAAAGUGAAUUAUCUUACAAAGUGGUUUGUUGAAGGAAAGGCCGUGGCUUGUUUAUUGCCUUAUUUGAGAGUUUCUUAUAAGGCUUAGACAUGUUUUUCAGGAGUGUUUUGAUUUGAUAUUAUUAAUGAUACGGAAGUAUCUCUAUCUUGAAUGUAUGUAUUAAAUAUUCCAUGUUAUUGUAUUAUAAAACACAUUUUUUGUAAAAUGGCCUGGAGCAAGUAAGCAUUGUGUUUUCUUUGCAACACGUGUCUUUAUUUUCUCAAAGAGCCAUGCAGUGUCUUAAAAUUAGGCUCUAUUUUUGGUGAUCAAACAUUUCAAAGACAUGGAAUUAAUGAAAAUAAAAUGUUCUUUUAUUUUAUUCAAAUUAUAUGAUUACAACCUUGAAUUAAUUGUACUUUUGGGUCAGACUGUCUUUGGAAAAAGAUUUAUUUUACUAAUGGAAACGGUCAUUUGUGGUCUGUUUUCUUAUCCUUGUAGCAAAGCUGUUAGCAGCUCUUUUGUUGUCACCAUAAAUCAGCCAUUCAUAUUAUUCAUGCCAUUGAAAACAGCACAAGACAUUGUUGAGAACUUUCACAAGAGAUGUAGCUACUUUGAAAAUGAUGUAACCCACUUCAGUUUUAAGUCUUGCACUUUGAGAGAGCGUGAUCAAAGAUUUGUCAGAGCAAAAGUAACCCCCAAAACAUUUAGAAAAUGAUUUGAGCUGACAGUGCGCUGCUUUGGAAUAACAGAAUGGAAAAGAGAGUUGUAUGGGGAAGCUGUAAUUUUAUACUUGUGCUUUGUAAAUGUUUUCUAUGUGCUGUAUUUGAUAAUGUAAAACUGGUAUUUUUGUGGUUUGUACGCUGCAGAACUGAUUAUUUAAGAUGCACGCAGUUUUAUAAGAAAAGGUUGGGAAACUUAUUAAACAAAUAUUUUGACUGAAGCCUGUAUCUGCAUGCAUAUUGACUGCUGGAAGCUGGAGGUCAAUAAAUAUGAUUUGAAUCA